AUGCAGAAUUCAGAGCUACGUGACGAAAUCACAUAUUUGAAGUCCCAAAGCAUGCGGAAUAAUCUUUUAUUCGGGGGCAUAAAAGAACCUGAAAAUGAACGACCACAGGAUGUCGAAGCAAAGGUUCGAUCGUUUAUCAUUGACAAGUUGCAGCUUGCUCAAGACCUGGUCAACUCGAUGGUCAUUGAACGGGCGCAUCGAAUCGGAGCCAAGAAUUCUGACCAGAAUCAAAAUCGCAGCCGAAUGAUUGUCUGCAAGUUCGCUAACUUCAAGGACAGGGAAUCCAUUCGAAAACAGGGCCACCUCUUGAAGGACACGAACUUUUCCAUUAGAGAGCAGUUCCCACCUGAGAUCGUCGAGCGCAGACGCAAACUGUUUCCCCAGUUAAAGGCCGCGCGUGAUGCCGGAAAGAGAGCAUGGCUUGCUUACGAUACGCUAUAUGUCGACGGAAAACCAAUGCAGAAGAAGUAA